AGCGCGCUCCCCCGCAGAGCCGCGGCUGCCGGGACCGGCCAUGUGCCGCCAGGGCGCUCGCUCCCGUCUCGCUCGCUUUGCACGGUAAAUCGGUUUCUUUUUUAUUUUUUUUUUAUUUAUUUUUUUUUUAACGCGUUAUUUCUAUUUUUGCAUUGAUGCUCUCCGAGCUGGAGCCUCUGGCAGACGCGGUCCUCACCUGAGAGAGCAAGGCGCAAUUCCAAUGUUUGCAGGCUGUUAAUGGAGAGGAGGGCGAAUGACAGCCGGGACCGUGGUCAUCACAGGUGGAAUAUUAGCGACUGUCAUUUUACUUUGCAUUAUCGCCGUCCUCUGCUACUGUAGGCUCCAGUACUACUGCUGCAAGAAGGAUGAGUCCGAAGAGGACGAGGAGGAGCCCGACUUCGCCGUCCACUCCCACAUCCCGCCGCUCCACUGCAACCGCAACGUAGUGCUGACCAACGGGCCGUCCCUGUACGCCUCCUCGCCCUUCGGCAAGGCGCCGGGCCGCCCGCCCUGCCCCGGCUGCUCGCCCUUCGAGCCGCCCACCUUCUUCCUGCAGGAGCCCCCCGAGGAGCUGCCCAACGGGGGCGACCGCGUGAGCUACACCGCGGCGAGCCAGGACGAGCUGGAGCUGCCGGUGAGCGUGGCCAGCCUGCAGGCCCUCAACCCCAACCGCCUCUCGGCCAUGCGCGAAGCCUUCUCCCGCAGCCGCAGCAUCAGCACCGACGUGUGACGGCGCCGGCCUUAACCGCGGGGAAAACGCAAAGGAAAAGGAAAAAAAAAAAAAAUCCAUGGGAGUGUUUUUAAAAAGGGGAAAAAAUAAUGAAUGUAUUUCUACAGAGCUAUGCCAAAUUGCUAUGUAAAGGGUGAGCAAAAAAAACCCCACCGGGUGCAAGGGUAAGGACGGUUGCAGCAGGGACGCAAGGUUUUUCUAGGCACCGUGUUGCAAUUUUUUUGUUUGUUUUUAUACAGAGGAUUUUGAUAUCGUGCAGCCUUUUAUAAAUAGUAAACCCCCCCCACCCCCACCCCGACGCUCAGCCCUGCCCCAGGCCCCAGCACGCUCGCACUGCCGUUUGGGGUUAUUUAUGGCUCACGGGAGUGAGUCCCCCCAGGGCUAGGAUGGCCGGUCGGUGCAACGCCUGGCCCUGCCCGGGGAGGCCGCCGGAGCCGGAGCCGGAGCCGGAGCCGGGCCGCGGCUCUGCCGGUGGGAAGGGGCUCGGCGGGGGCAAAUGCACAAACAGGCUGAGGGGCUUCUAGGGGACAAGGAAACGAUGCACCGAGGGGUUUCGGAGGGAGAAAUCUCCCCAGUGCCUCCCCUCGCCAAGUAACGCCAUGCGCGAUUGCUAGUGCAGGGAGCCGAGUGCCGAGCAAGAGGCAGCGAGAGCGAGUGUGUGCAUUUGCGCACCCAUGCAUGCACCUUUGCACAUGCAUUUAAAAAAAAACAUGCCCCUUUCUCCCCUUGAGGACUGCGGUUUAGGUUUAGGCAACGCCCUGGCUGCGUUUUCCACCAGCAGCAGGGUCCGGCCGGCCGCACCGGUCCCCCCCGCACCGGGCACCGUGGGGGCUGCCGCCAGCGGAGCACGCACUGAAGGUCCCUUUGUGUUAAACGGGGUCAGAAGGAGCUAGCUGGUUAUUCCAGUCCCGCAUCAGCUGGUUAUUCCAGUCCCGCAUCCAUCAUAUAUUGCAAGGAGCAGCGUUUCUGGCUCUGCUGCUCCCCCCCGUGCCGCUGCAGCUCGUCUUGCACCGUGCCGGCCGGCUCGCGGUGCUGCGCCUGAGCCCGGCUUGGAGCAGCGCUCCGGCUUACAGCCGGACUCACAGCGACGGACAGACGGACGGACGGCUGCGACCAGCCUACAGGCCCA